UAGAGAGUACUACAUGCGUGGACUUACUGCACUUUUGGUACCUUCAAAAUACAGAUUCAACCAAAUGUACCCGCUGAUGAAGAACGCAUCACAGGGUACAUUUGGGAGUUCAACACCUAAAAAACAAGAAAAGAAUGAAUCUUGUGGGGAAAUGGGGAUUGCUGCCAACAAGGACAUGGUUGAUCCAAUUGCCACCUUUAGCAGGCCUCCUCCACUCCCUCCUGUUAUAGGACCAUUGGUUCUUCUCACUCUGCUAGAUUCAUGGUGGAACCAUGAUGAUUCCAAUUGAUGGAUGAUAGGUAAUUAGGUACCCUCUACUAGUGCUUAAAUAGAUU